AUGUUCUCCUCCUCAUUUUCACGCGAAAAUCAACCGUCAGAGUUGGAUUUCACGCAAAUCUCCUCAAUCGGCGAACCAAUCGAUCAAUCCACUCCCGCAUAUCUUUUUGGAGGCGGAAAGCGGAAAAGCAUGGCUCCUACUCAACUAAACUCUAGUUUCGGAGCUUCCGCACCUUCCGCGGACAUUUUUGCGUCACCUGCCGCAACGCAACACGCGUCAAAAUCCGUGCAUUGGUCGCCAGCCUUAGUUCAACAGAAAAACGCGGCUUCCGCGACGCCAACACAACAAAAUGAGGUGGCAAAAGUUGCGGCAGGCUUUCCGCAAGCUGCCGCUGGUGCUGCUGCACCACCGUUGCGUUCGCUGCGCGAUCAAUUGGAGCCGGCGAAAAAGUUGUCGCGCAGAGCGACUUUUGCUGCAAGAGGAAGCGGACAUGUUAGCUCGCCACUGGCGCAAAGAAAUGGUGAGGUUUUUUGGGGUGGGAAGCUGGAAAUUUGUCUGAAAAUCGAACAUUUCGCUGAAAAUCUGGUUUUUUAGCUGGAAAACUUGAUUUUUCAGCUGUAAAUCUAAAAAAUGAUGAAAAAUAGUUGAAAGUUCAAGUUUUCAAUAAAAAUCUGCAUUUUAAAUUAAAAAAACUCGAAUUUUCAGCAAAAAUCUGAAGAAAACCUUCAGUUUUGCGUGAAAAUCGAAGAAACGAUGACAAUUUGUCUGAAAAUCGAAAAUGUUGCUGAAAAUCUCGAUUUCUAGCUGGAAAACUCGAAUUUUCAGCUGAAAUUCGAAGAAACAAUGAAAAUUCGUCUGAAAAUGCAAAAAAUUGACUGAAAAUCCGGAUUUUCAGCUAGAAAACUCGAAUUUUCAGCUGAAAUUCGAAGAAAAUAUUCAGUUUUGCCUGAAAAUCGAAGAAACAAUGAAAAUUUGUCUGAAAAUCAAAAAAAUGACUGAAAAUCUCGAUUUCUAGCUGGAAAACUCGAAUUUUAGCUGAAAUUUGAAGAAAUCCUUCAGUUUUGGCUGAAAAUCGAAAAUGUAGCUGAAAAUCUCGCUUUCUAGCUGGAAAACUCGAAUUUCUGGCUGAAAAUGCAGAUUUUCAGCUAAAAAUCAUCUUUUCCAUAAAAUCUACCGGAAAAUCAAAUGAAAUGUGCUUAAAAUGGCGAAGAAGCUGAAUUUUUUAGCUGAAAAGGCAAAUUUUCGCGAAGAACUCGGACUUUCAGCUUUUAAACAAGUAAAUUGUGCUGAUAAUCGUGAAGAAGCUGAAUUUCUGGCUGAAAAUCCAAGUUUUCCAUGGUAAUCUCCAUUUUUAGCUAGAAAACUCGAAUUUUUAGCUAAAAUUUGAAGAAAUUCCGAUUUUCUAGCUAAACAUCAUUAUUUCUCAUGAAAAACUUGAAUUUUCAGUCAAUUUUCAGCAUUUUCAGACUAUUUUCAGUUAAAUUUCAUAGAAAACUACAAAGUUUAGCAAAACUUCAAGUUUUCUAGCUAAAACAUCGAUAAAUUUCCUUUUUCCAGUUCCAUUGCCUACCGUAUCAACUACAGUAACCCAAGAAUCGUCUCAAGACCCAAACACAACAACUUUCUCCUCAACAACCCAACAAAUCUUCCAAAAUUCCCCACAAGACACAGCCGACACUUGGGUUACCGUAUUCGGAUUCCAAUCCGCGGCGCAAAUCCCGGCAAUUUUGAAUUUAUUUUCGCGCCACGGACAAGUUGUCAGCCAUCAGGCGCCGCCCAACAAAAAUUGGAUUCACAUCCGAUAUUCGUGUGUCACACACGCCCAUCAAGCUCUCAGCCGAAAUGCGACGCUUUUUGAUCAGAACGCGAUGAUUGGGGUGAUGCCGUGCAGUUGUAAGGUAUAUUUUUCGAAUUUUUUGAUGAAAAUUAGCCAGAAAUAUUGAUUUUCGGUUGAAAAUGACUCAAAAUGAGCCGAAAAACAUGAAAAUUGGCCAGAAAUGACCUAAAAUUGUUCUUUUUGCCUUAAAAAGCAUUCCGAAGCUUUAUCCCAAACCAAAAACCUUGUAUUUUCUUUCCUGAUCAAAUUUUUGAUGAAAAUCAGCCAGAAAUAUUGAUUUUUGGUUGAAAAUGAGCCAAAAAACAUGAAAAUUGGCCAAAAAUGACCCGAAAUAGCUCAUUUUGACCUAAACUUAUCAAAAAUCCCGUUUUUCAGCUUAAAAAUGACCUAAAAUUGCUCAUUUUUGCUCAAGUUCAUCAAAAAUCAUCUAAAAUUGCUCAUUUAACCUAAAAUUCAUGAAAAUCACGAUUUUCAGCUCAAAAAUUCUCCAAAAUUGCUCUUUUUCACCUAAGUUUGAAAAAAAAUUAGUAAAAAUUGCUCAUUGAAGCUAAAAUUCAUGAAAAUCAUGAUUUUCAGCUCAGAAAUGACCUAAAAUUGCUCAUUUAACCUAAAAUUCAUGAAAAUCAUGAUUUUCAGCACAAAAAUGCUCAUUUUAACCUAUAAGAAGCUCCGCCCACUUUUCUGUGCUCUCCGAAAUCCAAAAUCCCCAUUUUUCCAGGAAAUCAUCAACGGAACCGCAUCGGGAAUAGUUUUACGUAGCGCUGGCCUAAAUUUGAAUGGCCUAGAAAACGCGUCGUUCUCCUCGUCCCCGGCCAUGCAUCAUCAUCAAUCGAUAAUUGAACAACAAGAAGAGGAGGAGCCGGAAAAUUUGACGGGAGUUCCGCAUGCCGCGAACAGAAGUGCAUUUUUGAAUGCGUCGCAAUUUGACACGUCGUUGAAGUGAGUUUGGCUGAAAAUGCUGAAAAUUUGAGUGAAAAUUGAUGAAUUUCAGGCUGAAAAUCGUGAAAAUUGGCGAUUUUUGAAUCAAAAAUCUUGAAAAUUGAUUAAUUUUGACCCAGAAAAUUGAACCCCGAAAUAUUACGUUUCAAAAAAAUUUGAAAUUCUCGAAAAUUUUUUUUGAACGAUUGAUAUUCUUUUUUUGGUCUUUAAAAAACUUGAGACAUUUAACAGCCGGAAACCAUUAAUUUCAGGCUGAAAAUGCUGAAAAUUUGAAAUUUAAACCUGAAAAUCUUGAAAAUUGAUGAUUUUUGACCCUGAUACGUCGAAUUUUCCAAAUUUUUCAGUUCAAAAUUCAACCCCGAAAAAUUAUGUUUCAAAAAAUGUUCUUUGAACAAUAUGUUUUGGAAUAUUUUGAUAUUAAAAAACCACAGGUCCCCGCCCAUUUUUGCAAUUUUGCCGCAUGGUUUUUGAGAGCUUUAAUUUGAUACCAAAUAAGCCUAGGCCCCGCCUAUUUUUUGCAAUUUUGCCGCAUGGUUUUUGAGAGCUUUAAUCUGAUACCAAACAAGCUUAGGCUCCGCCUACUUUUGCAAUUUUGCCGCAUGGUUUUUGAGCCUAGAAAAUACACAUUUUUGAUGAGAAACUAUGCCGCAAAACUGCAAAAAGGGGCGGAGCCUAGCAUUGUUUGGUUUCAAAUUGAAGCUUUUCAAAAAGCAUGCCGCAAAAUUGCGAAAAUGGGCGGGGCCUAGGCUUGUUUGGUUUCAAAUUAAAGCCCUCAAAAAACCAUGCCGCAAACUUGCAAAAAGUGGGCGUGGCUUCCCGAAAAUUUUGUAACCUAAUACAUAUUUUUUUCCAAAAAAUAAACAAAACAAAAAUUAUCGAUUUUUCUCUUGCAGUUCUUCUCGAUUAUCGGUUCGCUCAGCAGCUGGAAUGCGUCCAUUGGCAGCCUAUAAUGUGAGUUUUUUCGGGCCCGAAAUUACACCUAAAAAGCCCCAUUUUUCAGGCCGAAAACGCUACUCGAAACGGCCCAAAUCAGGCUCAAAACGAGGGAUUUUUGAACAAAUUGUGGACCUCAAUUGGACUUCACUAA